CCCUGCCUCCUUGCCUGCCUGCCUGCCUGCCGCGCUCCCGCUCCCGCCCCGGCGCCGGUCGGCCUGCUCGCCAUGGCGGGGGAAGAGGCCUCCGACAGCAAGGUGUCCUUGCGGACGUUCCUGGAGCACCUGUCCGGGGCCGGCAAGGCCAUCGGCGUGCUGACCAGCGGCGGGGAUGCCCAAGGUAUGAAUGCUGCCGUCCGAGCUGUCGUGCGCAUGGGCAUAUACGUGGGAGCCAAAGUGUACUUCAUCUAUGAGGGUUACCAGGGCAUGGUCGACGGCGGCAGCAACAUCGUGGAGGCCGACUGGGAAAGCGUCUCGAGCAUCCUGCAAGUGGGAGGGACCAUUAUCGGCAGUGCCCGUUGCAAAGCCUUCCGGACGCGGGAGGGUCGCCUGAAAGCCGCGUGUAACUUGGUUCAGCGGGGCAUCACCAACCUGUGCGUGAUCGGCGGGGACGGGAGCCUCACGGGAGCCAACAUCUUCCGGAAGGAGUGGAGCGGGCUGCUGGAGGAGCUGGCCCAACACGGUGAGAUCGACAAGGAGCAGGUGCAGAAGCACGCGUACCUCAACGUCGUGGGCAUGGUGGGCUCCAUCGACAACGACUUCUGCGGGACGGACAUGACCAUCGGCACCGACUCUGCCUUGCACAGGAUCAUCGAGGUCGUUGACGCCAUCAUGACCACCGCCCAGAGCCACCAGAGGACCUUUGUUCUCGAGGUUAUGGGGAGACACUGCGGGUACCUCGCCCUGGUGAGCGCCUUGGCCUGUGGCGCCGACUGGGUGUUCCUUCCGGAAUCGCCGCCAGAAGAGGGUUGGCAGGAGAAUAUGUGCAUCAAGCUCUCAGAGAACCGUGCCCGGAAAAAGAGACUGAAUAUCAUCAUCGUGGCCGAGGGCGCCAUAGACACCCAGAAUAAGCCUAUCACCUCUGAGCAGAUCAAGGAGCUCGUGGUCACACAGCUGGGAUAUGACACGCGGGUGACCAUACUUGGGCACGUGCAGAGAGGAGGGACUCCCUCGGCCUUCGACCGGAUUUUGGCCAGUCGCAUGGGGGUGGAGGCCGUGGUUGCCCUCCUCCAGGCCACCCCGGAGACGCCGGCCUGCGUGGUGUCGCUGAGCGGGAACCAGGCGGUGCGCCUGCCCCUGGUGGAGUGUGUGCAGAUGACCCAGGACGUGCAGAAGGCCAUGGACGAGAGGAGAUUCAAGGAUGCCGUGCGGCUCCGCGGCAGGAGUUUCGAGACCAACCUCAACACCUACAAGCGGCUUGCCAUCAAGUUCCCAGAUGAUCAGAUUGUGAAGAGCAACUGUAACGUGGCCGUCAUAAACGUGGGGGCGCCCGCCGCCGGGAUGAACGCCGCCGUUCGCUCGGCCGUGCGGGUGGGCAUCGCCGAUGGCCACAAGAUGCUCGCCAUCUACGACGGCUUUGAGGGCUUCGCCAAAGGCCAGGUGAAGGAAAUCGGCUGGGGGGAUGUCGGAGGCUGGACCGGCCAAGGAGGCUCCAUCCUCGGGACCAAACGCACGCUGCCCGGGAAGUUUCUGGAGGACAUCGCCCAGCAGAUGCGCACCCACAGCAUCAAUGCGCUGCUCAUCAUCGGCGGGUUCGAGGCCUACUUGGGCCUGCUGGAGCUGUCAGCCGCCCGCGACAAGUACGAGGAGUUCUGUGUCCCCAUGGUAAUGGUCCCAGCCACUGUCUCCAACAACGUGCCUGGCUCCGAUUUCAGCAUCGGCGCGGACACCGCCCUGAACACCAUCACCGACGCUUUCGAGAGCUCGCUCCUGCUGGCCAAGGCGCGCAAGCAGCACCGGGAGUUUUGCGUGCCCGUGUGCGUCCUGCCCACCACCAUAAGCAACAGCGUCCCGGGCACGGAGCUGAGCCUGGGCUGUGAUACUAGCCUCAAUGCCGUGAUGGAGACGUGCGACCGCAUCAAACAGUCGGCCAGCGGGACCAAGCGGCGCGUGUUCAUCAUCGAGACCAUGGGGGGCUACUGCGGCUACCUGGCCAACAUGGGGGCGCUCGCCGCGGGAGCCGAUGCCGCCUACAUCUUUGAGGAGCCGUUUGACAUCCGAGAUCUGCAGUCCAACGUGGAGCACCUGACGGAGAAAAUGAAGACCACCAUUCAGAGGGGGCUCGUGCUCAGGAACGAGAGCUGCAGUGAGAACUACACCACAGACUUCAUCUACCAGCUGUACUCCGAGGAGGGCAAGGGCGUGUUCGACUGCAGGAAGAACGUGCUGGGCCACAUGCAGCAGGGUGGAGCGCCCUCACCAUUCGAUAGAAACUUCGGAACCAAAAUCUCUGCCAGAGCCAUGCAGUGGAUCAGCAUGAAAUUGAAGGAGUCUCCGGGCAAAGGAAAAAGAUUUGUGACCGAUGAUUCCAUCUGCGUGCUGGGAAUAAGCAAAAGAAAUCUUUUCUUCCAACCGGUGACAGAGCUGAAGAAGGAAACCGACUUCGAGCACAGGAUCCCCAAAGAGCAGUGGUGGCUGAAGCUGCGGCCGCUAAUGAAGAUCCUGGCCAAGUACGAGGCUAGCUACGAGGUCUCCGACUCCGGCCAGCUGGAGCAUGUGCACCACCGAGGCCACGAGGAGCCCGCUGCCAUCUAGACACCACCCGCCCCACACUGCAGUGGACUUCCGUUUGCUGCCUGGUUUUCUAGCACUUAAGUUAUUUAUCGGCACUUUUCUGCGAGUAUCGUCGACGUGAAUACCCAGUCACGGAGCCCCCGUCCUGUCUCCCCCACCCCCUCGGGCCCCGAGACUCCAACAUGAGCUGUGUUCCGUGUUCCAUACUGUGUCCUGCUUUACCACGUGCGUGGCCAGUAGAAUUAAACAUUGAGCUACAACCCCAA